AUGGGGACCGAGCCCACAGAGCAGAUUUCCUGGGGCCCCUACUCGGGGGAUGAUGAGGAGACAUACUCGGCUGAGCCAUUGCCAGAGCUCUGCUACAAGACGGAUGUCCAGGCUUUCAGCCGGGCCUUCCAACCCAGCGUCUCUCUCACGGUGGCUGCGCUGGGUAUGGCUGGCAAUGGCUUGGUCCUGGCCACCCACCUGGCGGCCCGACGCUCUGCUCGCUCCCCCACCUCCAUCCACCUGCUCCAGCUGGCCGUGGCCGACCUCCUGCUGGCCCUGACCCUGCCCUUUGCCGCAGCAGGGGCUCUUCAGGGCUGGAGUCUAGGAAGUUUCACCUGCCGCGCCAUCUCGGGCCUCUACUCAGCCUCCUUCCAUGCCGGCUUUCUCUUCCUGGCCUGUAUCAGCGCCGACCGCUAUGUGGCCAUCGUGCGGGCGCUCCCAGCUGGGCCGAGGCCCUCCACGCCCGGCCGCGCGCACUUGGUCUCAGUCAUCGUGUGGCUGCUGUCACUGCUCCUGGCGCUGCCUGCGCUCCUCUUCAGCCGGGAAGGGCAGCGGGAAGGCCAGCGGCGCUGUCGCCUCAUCUUCCCUGAGGGCCUCACGCAGUCGGUGAAGGGGGCGAGCGCUGUGGCGCAGGUGACCCUGGGCUUCGCGCUGCCGCUGGGCGUCAUGGCAGCCUGCUACGCGCUCCUGGGCCGCACGCUGCUGGCCGCCAGGGGGCCCGAGCGCCGGCGCGCGCUGCGCGUCGUGGUGGCCCUGGUGGCGGCCUUCGUGGUGCUGCAGCUGCCCUACAGUCUCGCCCUGCUGCUGGAUACCGCCGAUCUGCUGGCCGCCCGCGAGCGGAGCUGCCUUGCCAGCAAGCGCAAGGAUCUGGCCCUGCUGGUGACCGGCGGCUUGGCCCUCGCCCGCUGCGGCCUCAAUCCCGUGCUCUAUGCCUUUUUGGGCCUGCGCUUCCGCCAGGACCUGCGGAGACUGCUACGGGGUGGGGGCUGCAGCCCAGGGCCUCACCCCCGCGGCCGCUGUCCCCGCCGGCCCCGCCUUUCUUCCUGCUCGGCUCCCACUGAGAACCACAGUCUCUCCUGGGACAACCAGGGCUGUGAAUCUAGAGGCGGGGGCGAUUGA